AUGUCCAGAGAUAGGCAAAAGUCCGUUGAUGAGAGCCCCAGCACCAGCAGUGGUAGUUCAGAUGCAGACCAGCGACACUCAGCCGCUCCAGAGCCUGAAGAACAGGAAGAAAGAAAACCUUCUGCCACCCAGCAGAAGAAAAACACCAAACUCCUAAGCAAAACCACUGCUAAGUUAUCCACUAGUGCUAAAAGAAUUCAGAAGGAGCUAGCUGAAAUAACUCUCAAUCCUCCUCCUAACUGCAGUGCUGGGCCUAAAGGAGAUAACAUCUAUGAAUGGAGAUCCACUAUACUUGGUCCACCAGGUUCUGUAUAUAAAGGUGGUGUGUUUUUUCUGGAUAUUACUUUUUCAUCUGAUUAUCCAUUUAAGCCACCAGAGAUUACUCUUCACACCAGAAUCUAUCACUGCAACAUCAACAGUCAGGGAGUCAUCUGUCUGGACAUCUUUAAAGACAACUGUAGUCCUGCUUUGACUAUUUCAAAGGUUUUGCUGUCGAUUUGUUCUCUUUUGACAGAUUGCAACCCUGCGAAUCCUCUGGUUGGAAGCAUAGUCACUCAAUAUUUGACCAACAGAGCAGAACAUGACAGGAUAGCCAGACAGUGGACCAAGAGAUACGCCACAUAA